AUGAAUACUGAUAAUAGCGAUGACGACUUUGAGCUGAUGACGAUUGUGGAUCAGAGGAUUGCAACAGCACUUGAAGACAGCUGCAAUUCUCGAGAAAGAGACCACCAUCUAGGGAAUCAACACCCAAGGGAGAAUCUGACUGCACCCAGCCCACAUAAUACCGGCAAUACCAAGAGUCUAGAUCAGAAUAAUGGCUUUGACUUGAUGGGAAAAGAGCUGGGUUUCCCGAAGUCCCACAAUCAGGCGUCACGCCCAGCAAGAAGUCUCAUGUGUGAUAUGGAGGAACCAGAACAAGUCAAUAUUCAAAGCUGCAGUAUUGGUAUGACAUCCUUGAGGCGCAUGUGA